GCUACAGCCAGCAGCCAUUUGGCUUAGCAUAAAGAAUGUAAAUAGGAGGAAACAGCUAGCCUGGCUCUGUCCAAAGGAAACAAAACUGUUUGUACGGGGUUUUUAGAGCUUUUUUUAUUGAAAACAGUUGCCUUCUGCUAUGAGAGUAGUGAGAGUGAACCAAAACAGUAAAGUUGUGGGCCGGACAGCUAAUCAAUGAGCUGAAACUUGCUUUAAAGCUCUGUAAAGCUGAGGGGAGCUGCAGAUUCAGGUGAUAAUCAUCUGUAGGUUCAUCACUACUAGUGACCCCUAGUGACUGCUUUCACAUUGUCACAUUGUUUUCACAUUGUCAUUUGAUUUUGUUUUUAUAAAUAUACCGAUUUUAGGAUUAUAACAGGAUUAUUGCCUCUGUUGCUCCAUAUGUCAAACAGAUGGGAUGGCAAUUUAAAUUUAAAAUAUCCAAAUAUUUUAUGAUUGUAUCUGCUCCUCAGUUAACCCUGUCAACCACGCUUUCAUCCCCAGCCCUCCAUAUUGCUAUAGGUUCCUUUCUCCAGCCUUCUCCCAGGUGAUUUUCUUUCCUACAACUCCCCAGACCUGCCAUCCCCUUUCCCUUCACCAGAUGUUCUCAGACUUUCCCUCACCCAUCCACACAUCUGUUCCUACUUCUCGUCUGCUCACUUAACCUGUGGCGCGUUCAGCCUCGACAAAAUGUAGCAAAACGUUUAUGUAAACGGAAAUGGUGGCCCCUUGAACACUGUGUUGUGUACACAGGCGCACUGCCUUUUUAAUACAGCGGGGUUUAUGUGCACCUGGCUGUGACAUGGUAACACCUCUGACACACCCACUAAACAGGAGAAAACAUGCCUCAAAGCCUGUUGCACACCGUUUGGAGGAUACGCCUCGUUCAACUAGGAAACCGCAGCAAAACGUUGCAGGUCGUUUUCAGACUGAACGUGCACCACUCACCUCAUCAGCCACACUUCCCUUGUUCCUUGCCAGAUUGUUAAGUCAAGUUGCUGUGUGCAUGUCUUGGCUCUCUAGCUUCUGCAUCCUGUUCUUCCUGAGAGCUGUUAGCUACUUGUUUUGGACCUUGCCUGUUUAUUGGAUUUUAGAUACUUGCCUGCUCCUUGUUGGAUUUGUUUGCCUGUUUGGACUGCCCUCAUUGAUUUUGACCCUUGCCUGCCUCACUAUCCCGUAAGCCUUCAGUAAUUACUGAACUGCAUCAGCUCUGCCUCAGGUGUUGGCAUAAGGUUCCUGUUACCCCAGAAUUAGCAUAAGGAUAAGUAACAGAUAUUUUUAGUAAGCAGGAGUGCUACUGUACAUUCAAAGAGGAGUGUUUCCUUUAAGAAAAAGAAAAAAAUCAUCAUGUCAGUCCUGUCCGAAAGCAUCAGUCUUCACAAGACAGUCAAGAAGUACUAUCUGUCUCUUGACAAGGGUGCAGAGUGUCAGGUGACGUACAUUUGGAUUGAUGAAACAGGAGAAAAUCUACGAUGUAAAACCAGGACUCUGAACAAAGAACCAACUGGAAUCAGAGAUAUCCCAGAAUGGAGUACUUGCUGGGUGGAUGGGAAUUUAAUCGAAGUCACUUUGGUCCCGGUCAGAAUGUUUCGAGAUCCUUUCACUCUUGACCCAAAUAAACUGGUUCUGUGUGAAGUGCUUGACAGCAACUGUGUGCCCAUAGGAAGUAAUCAGCGUUCACAGUGUGCUAAAGUUAUGGAGGAAGUUAAAGAUUUUCAGCCCUGGUUCGGGAUGGAACAGGAGUACACUCUGUUUAGUUUGGAUGGACGGCCCUUUGGUUGGCCUCCACAGGGAUGCCCAUUUACAGGAGCGCAUUGUGCUGUGGGCAUUGACAAAGUGUACGGAAGAGACAUUUGUAUCUGUCACUACAAAGCCUGUCUGUAUGCUGGUGUGAAGAUCUGUGGCACCAAUGCAGAAUCAUCUCAGUUGGCAGUAGGGGACAGACAUUCAUUCUGGGGAGAGAGCAAGUGGGAGUUCCAGGUCGGGCUCUGUGAGGGGAUUGAAAUGGGGGAUCACCUGUGGAUGGCCCGCUACAUUCUGCACCGUGUCUGUGAAGACUUUGGGGUUGUUGCCUCCUUGGAUGCUAAACCCAUCAAGGGCAACAUUGGUACAUCAGGCUGUCACACCAACUUCAGCACAAAGGAGAUGAGGAGCGAAGGGGGUCUUCAGUUCAUUGAAGAAGCAAUCAGAAGGCUGAGCAAGCGUCACUCUCAGCACCUCCGUGUCUACGAUCCACAUGAUGGUGCUAACAACAUGAGUAGUUUCCAUGACUUCUCUACAGCCACAGCUCAUCGUAAUGUUAGUGUUCACAUCCCCGGCCACGUCUGUCGGAUGGGCUGCGGAUACUUGGAAGACAGAUGUCCUGCUGCCAACUGCAACCCUUACAAUGUGAUGAGAGCCUUGGUUGAAACCUGUCUGCUGGAAACCGCUGGAGAAGAUGAUAAUGAGAGGGAGACCAUGGCUUCCUAAAAGGUGCGAAGACAUCCAAGACACCACAAAGUAAAAUAAUUUAUUGCAAAGUUUGUGUGUAGUUGUGUGCUUUUGUGAAACUUUAAAGAAAUCUUGAUACAUUUGCAAGUUCAAAUGCAAUAACAUUUUGUGUUGCAUUAAUGAGGAAAAAACAAUAAAAUAAAAAAUAAAUUAAACUGA